AUGCUUCAACCAACAGAAUCACCCACUUACGAUGACUCUUUGGAUCUUCCAGAGAUUCUAAAUUCCCCUGAUCCUCAGAAAUCUAGACUAGAUUCGUCUGGAUAUUCUAUAAUCCAAAUCCCACCGGUGGUAUUUUCGAAAAACCUGUCAGAAUCCUUUCCAGAAGACGUCACGUCUUCUGAAUCCACGUCAUCAGGAGUUAAAGAAUCUCGACGGACGGUCCGUCCGACGGAAUGUUCGGUUUGUGGAUUACCAGCAAAUGGAUAUCACUACGAUGUUCCAUCUUGUAAUGGGUGUAAAACGUUUUUUCGGAGAAUGUGUUUAUCGGAAAAAUCAUUUCAAUGCAAGGGAAAUAAUGAUUGUUUCGAUUUGAACAAACGCGCCACUCCAUUAAAAUGUCGUUUCUGUCGUCACCAAAAAUGUAUAAGCGCUGGAAUGAAUCCCCUGGCAAUGGAAUUGGACCAAAAACAGGCGGAAUCCUCUAAUUUCAAAAAACUAAUAAAACGAAAAGAAAUCAAACAGGAGCAGCCGGAUGAUGAUGAUAAUGAUUGUCAAGUGGUCCAAGUGAUAAACUCACAAAAAUCGAAAAAUGUGAUAAAAAUGAUGGAUUCGAUGGAGAAUAAGCUUCAAAAAUCAAUUGAUAUGUUAAUUUAUUUGGAGGCGAAAGUUGAGAAAUUCAGGAAAAGUGCAUAUAAUCCGAAAUCGACCGAAAUUACGGGAAUUGAGUUUUUAUUACAAACGGAGAGUCGAAUAGCGUAUGCCGAUAGAUAUGAGCCAAUGCCGAAUUGGCCGCUUCCACCUCAACCUCAUCGGAAGCCAUUUUUCCCAACGGGCAUGAAAGAAAAAGGACCGAAACAUCAUCCAGAUAGAAAAAAUUGGCUCUUCUUCAAUCUGGUAACAACUGUUGAGUAUGCAAAAACGUUCAUGUUUUUUCAUAAGUUGGAAUCAAAAGAUCAAUUCAUAUUGAUCAAACAUGUCACAUUGGCUUGUAUGAAUCUCCAUAUUUCAUUCUCUUCUGUCCAACGAAAAUUCGCAGAACCAAUUCAUCCCGAUGGAUCGCCAACGCCCUAUUUUGACGAAACUCAUUACGAUGCGAUGGUGAUGUCGGUGGCUCCAUUGAUAAGAUGCCAAGUUCAAUCCGUCGAAUAUUUAUUGCUCAAAGCAAUCUGUUUGUGUAACCCGGCGGUCCCCGAUCUCUCGCCAAAUGCUCAAAAAACGAUUGCAAUCGAACGUGAAAAGUAUGCUGACGCCCUUUUCGAUCAUUGUCUCAGAAAUCGAAGCCCCGCCCAUUUUGCUCAAUUAAUGCAAAUUUUCGAUUUAUUGGAGAGACAACAACGAAUGCAAAAGGAUAUCCAUCUGCUGUAUUGUGCGAUUCGGGUUAUUGAAGAUAUCAUGGACAAUUGA